AUGUCUGCCUGUGUCGCUCCAGCUGGCCAUCGACCUGUAUGCGUGCGAGGCUGCACCUCGAGAGAGGUCAAAUCACUUCUUGGCGAAGCCCUUACCGCUCUUGGCCGCCGCGAGGCGAGUGGUGGCGUUGUUCCGUCGACCAGCCAGCCCUUCAAGGUUGCCUUCUGUCUCACCGGCAAGUCGAGACUGGGCUUCGGAUGUGGUCAUCGAACCUCAUGGGCUGGCGUCAGUCAAACACUGCACUGCACGUGUGAGAUCUCCCGGCUGCUUUCUCCUUCCAGAUCGAUCCCGCCGCCUCUUAUCUCUCGCUUCUCUCCCUCCUGAUCUGCUUUCUCUCAUCUCUACACACACAACACUUGUGUUACCAACGGCCGCGCCCCCCCAUUGUCUCUCCGCCUCUUCGGGUUCUCGAGCUAGGAUCAUAGCAGUACGCUUUUAGCCCAGAGGAAGAGGAAGCCAGACCUCCUUGUCGCUGCUGGGGAAAGCCCGGACCUCGCGGCGCAACGAACCCCGCCCUGGCCCCAAACAAGCUUCAGCCUGUGUUCACCA